CAUUUUGAGCUGCAGUUGUGUGGCUGAGCUCCACUCGGCAGGAAAGAAUCAGCAGCUCCAGCUACUCAAUAAGACGUCUGAUCUGAUGAAUCAUAAUAAGUUUACACUUCUUUUUUUACAACAAUAAAAAAACAAAUGAAUAAUAAACAAAUCAAUCAAUAAGUGUCCUGACUGUUGCGCCAUCAUUGUAACAAAAAUGUGUUCGUCUCCGACCCCUUCAUAUUAAGGAAUUUGCAAGCAGUCGAUUUAUUUAAACUGAAACGCAAGAUUUUGACAAACUUAUUUAAUUUGUAAGCAAUAAAUAAUUGUCACUGAUUUCGACCUAGCUACAUUUACAAGUAUCGACUGGUGGGCAAAGCCUAAAUUAAUUCAGACGUCAAUUAGCACAUCGCGGUGGUGUUAAUUAAUUACCAUAAGAAGUAUCGAACCAUCCAAGAUAAGAAAAUAAGUAAAAGGCCGAGUGACACGUACGACCCCGAUACUGUACUUCUCUAGUCGACCCGAGAUUAUUGAUGUGACAUUGUCGUAACUCGUUCCAAUUGAAGAAGAACUCUCGUUUGUUGCCAUUUCGUCACCAUGUCGUCAGUCCUGACCAGGCGUGGGCUGGCCGUUCAAGGGUCGGCAAAGCGAUUCAAUCUUGUCGCCAACUAUUCGUCACGGCCAAACCGAAAUCGGCUCGAGUACUCGAAUGACUGUGGGGCUAGUGCGAGUCAGCAGAGGGAGCGGUCCCAGACGGUGACCUCCUACUACAACCAGAGCGCCAUUGACGCCGCGGCUGCAAAGGUGGGUAUGGAAGAUGGUCCCUCCGUACGACUGACUCCGGCAACCAUAAUGUACGCUGGACGAAGCAAUGAUCACAGUCACAUUUUGAAAAGUGCGCAAUACCUACACAAAGAACUUCCAGUAAGAAUUGCCCAUAGGAUUGCUGGUUUCCGCAAAUUACCAUUCAUCGUGGGAUGCAACCCAACCAUUCUCUCCGUGCACGAAAUGUAUAUCCGAGCAUUCCACAUUUUGAACGACUUUCCGAACAUUCAAGACAUGAAGGAUGAAGCAGCUUUCAGCGAAAUUUUGAAAGGACUUCUCGAGGACUUUUCCCAAGUUGUUACCCAACUUGCGGAAGGAUUUAAAGCGUGCAGGAAACAUUUACCGCAACAGGACGAUCUUGUUCGUCUCUUUCUUGAUCGAACUCUUACAUCUCGGCUGGGCAUUCGAAUGCUGGCAACGCAUCACUUGGCGUUAAGUGAGGACAAGCCUGACCAUGUCGGUAUAAUCAACCGUCACCUCCGGCUCCAGGAUAUGAUCGAACGGUGGGCCGAUUUUGUGAUACGGUUGGCUCAGAACAAAUACGGGAAAGCACCACGGAUCAAGCUAUCGGGUCACAUUAAUGCCACCUUCCCUUAUAUUCAACUCCCCCUCGACUACAUGAUCCCAGAACUGUUGAAAAAUGCAGUCAGGGCCACGUUGGAAGCACAUGUGAAUGUGAGUGAGAGUGAACUCCCUCCAAUUCAAAUUACCAUUGCAAACAAUGAUAUCGACUUCAUUAUAAGACUGUCAGACCGUGGAGGUGGAAUUAGUCACCAACUCAUGCCCAAAAUUAUGCAGUAUACUUUCAGUACGGCUGAACUUUCUACUGAAAUUGGAAUGGGUCAGAAUGGACUUUUCAGCAACAUGUUGGACGUCGCCAACAGCACCACUAGUGGUCCAAUGCACGGAUACGGAUUUGGGCUUCCAACAUCACGUGCCUAUGCUGACUAUUUGGGAGGAGGACUUACUAUCCAGUCCCUUCAAGGGAUUGGGACCGAUGUUUACCUUCGACUUAAACAUAUUGACUCUAAAUCUGAGUCUUUCCGCAUUUAGAUUGUGACAGGGUGCAGUUCUUCCAACCUUCCUGGGAAAAUCCAUCGCAAAAGAAAAUGUUAAAGUAUGCAUUUUAGGGGCAAAAGGGCCGAGUUUUAAAUUUUAUACCAAACUAUAAAAAUUCAAUUCCCAUGUUUAUAACAACAACAACAACAACACGAGGAAGUAUUGAACCUCGAUUUACAAUUUGUGAUAUAUUCCUUGGUUAAAAAGCACCACCACCUUCUACCCUUUGAUCCACUUACCAACUAAACUAUACCAUUUUUUACAUGUAACGUGUAAAAAAAGCUGAACAAAAUUAAUGCAGCCUGUCAUUGAUGAUGAUGAUUGAAUUCGUGUGACAAGAUUUUAUACUUAUGUAAACCGUUUCCUCAUUUUGAGGAGGAGACGAGAUUGCAAGUAUUCUCUAAAAACUUAAUUAAAGAACCAAACGUAAACUAAAGUACUAUUUAAUCAAGACUGCUGAUGUUUUUCUCGUACUUUCUUGAUUGUGCGAUUGAUAGAAAAAAAUUACUAAAUAUCUUCCAAGUCGUAAAUGUGAGAUGAAUCUUUGUUUUUACUUGUCGCAAAUGAUAUCCUAACAUAAAAAGGAUUUCUUUGUACUUAAUUUUUGACUUAUUAGUUUGUGCCAAUCAAUUUAAAUUAAAUUAAUGCGUAUUAUUACAACUAUUGUUACCCAAUGUAUCUCAGCUAAACUGCAAUCGCAACGCUUUUUACGUAACCGUAUUUUACUUUUGUUGACUAAUGCUGUUAUAACAGUGAAAGCCGUGAUCUAAUUGUAGGGGCAGGAGGUAAGAUUUGAUGAAGCGUCCGCCGGAGUAGUAUUACAACAAAUAGUUACGCCAUAGUAUUUUAGUAAUGAUUCAGUUUGUAUAUAUAUUUAAAUUGUCAAGUAACUGGUUUUUAUGUACAUGUCAGUCGCGGUAAUGAUGUAGACUAUAAUUAAUUUGUAUGACCAAUUCUGGUUAUGAAAAGUUAGAGAGUAAAAUAUAAAAGUAUCCUAUGUGCUGUAGUUGCAUGACUUGUGAGGAAAGUCAAGCAGAGCACCUGCGAUGAUCUGUAUGUACGAAAAUGUUGCGCAUCUCCCAAAUAUUUCAAUUAUAUAAUUAUAUAUUAUAAAUAUUAAUUAGUAAACUGUUUGGAUAACUUGUUUGUUGAAUAGUAAUUUAGAAUAGUUUAUGACAAAGCAUAUAAGUAAACUUUUAGUCUGGUUGUCUCCAAACACUGCAUGGCAAAUGGUUUAUCCGAAAAGGGAAAAUAUUUGAUUCUAGGUUAGCUGUCAGUAUGAAAAGUAACGAUGUGUAGUUUAACUGUAAAUAUGAACUGGCUGAAUUUUAUUUGGAAUCUCUGUCAUUAUUUUUGUAAGUUUUGGAUUUCUAUGAGAGAAAACAUUAGCGUCGAGAUCAUCAGACUACACUAUGAAAUACCUCCUAAAAUUUACUUGUUUGCACAUACAUACAGGUGGUUAUAGUUAUAAAACAUAAUUAUAUCUAUCUUUUAUUGCCGAAUGAAUGAACUACAAAUAUGAAAAGAAAGCUUUAACAAAAAUCCGUAAAAUCAAACUACAAUAAUAUAAAUACAGUCUUUGUCAUGACACAUGACAGUUAAGCAAUUUUAUAGUCGAUCAUAACCAAUGUCAACUAAAAUAUAAAUAGUUUACUAGAUUAUAGUUAUUUACAAAAAAAAACUUUGUAUAGUUGAAUGAAUUAGCAAAUAUAUUAAAAAAUAAGAUUGCUUAAUAACAA